AUGGUUCAGUUAUCCUGUGUGAUUGAAUAUCACCAGCAUAAACGAUUUGCCGAACAGAAACAAAUACUUGUUUACAUUGAGGCAAUUAUUGCUGGUCUGGCCGUACAUCGUCCGCGAGAUCCGAUUGAAUUUAUCAAAACGGAUUUGAAAAAACUGCAACAGAUUUGCAAAUCGUUGUCUGUGCAUCAGGAAUCUUUAUGCUGGACCAAACAUCCACUACUUUGGUGGAGUAAAUUCCUGAUUUACGAUGAGAAUCACGAAUUUUGUGUGAAACAUUUGCGUAGCCGAAUCGAACAGCUUGAGACAAAGCAUUUAGAAGCAUCCGGACAGAGGUUAGCGCUGAUGGAUGGUUCAGCGGAAAACGGGCAUCCAGUUUUCCAAUUGACGGAGGUCACAUUCGAUGUAAAUGAAUCAAAAGCCGAGGGGAGCGCUGUUCAUGAUGAGCUAAAUCAGGAGCAUGAUUUGUGA